UAACAUAAUCACUAUGCAUCGCUGUGCAUCUUUAUUAAUGCCUGGAACAACACAUAAAAUGAAAGCACGUGAUAUGUUUUUUCUUCAAAAAGUCAGUACUUAACUAGAUUUCAAAUAAGUGUGUAGAUUACUUUGUCAAAUUAAACUGCUGCUGUGCUACUUAUCUUGCUUUGCAGGUGCUUGAAAGAGCACCCACUAAUGUUUUGCAGGAUAAAAACAGGCACACUCAAUAAACAAGUGUUUCUUAUGGAAGAAAACGGAGAAUGGAAAAAUACUGCACACAUCUUUUAAAAGUUAUGUUAUGCACUUUUUUACAGGCUGCUUGAGAUGACAUAUCAAUGGCUUGUAUGACUUGUAGAGAAUUUGCGGUGGUGAAAUGAGAUUGUAUGCUGCCCUUUGUACCUGGGGCAAUGGGAUUAUGAAUGACGGAGGAGGGCAUAUCCUGUAGGGUCAAAGAACACUUUUCACUUCUUUCUUCUUUGACUAACAUCGAAUCUGUUUUGGGCAAAAGUAAGAGCACAAGAAGAAGCUCCUGUAGGCUGCCUGAGAGACUGAUCUUCUCAACAUGUCCUUGGCUCCUACAGCUUCCACCAAUGUUGUCCUCUCCUCCCCUUCCCCAAGCAACUGGGGGCCAGAAAAUGUUUCUUUCCCAGAAGAUUUUGCAUGGGGAGCAUCAACAGCAGCCUAUCAGAUUGAAGGAGGCUGGAAUGCAGAUGGAAAAGGCCCCAGUGUUUGGGACACGUUCACCCAUCAGGGAGGAGAUCGGGUUUUCAAGAACCAGACUGGUGAUGUAGCUUGUGGCAGCUAUACUCUGUGGGAGGAAGAUUUGAAAUGUAUCAAACAGCUUGGAUUGACUCAUUAUCGCUUCUCUCUUUCCUGGUCACGUCUGUUACCUGAUGGGACGACAGGUUUCAUCAACCAGAAAGGAGUGGAUUAUUAUAACACAGUGAUUGAUGGCCUGCUAGCAAAUGGAGUGACACCUGUGGUUACACUGUACCACUUUGACCUACCUGAACAUUUAGAGCAUCAAGGUGGCUGGAGAUCAGGGGCAAUCGUGGCAGCCUUUGAUGCAUAUGCACAGUUUUGCUUCAGAACAUUUGGGGAUAGGGUGAAGCUGUGGCUCACCAUUAAUGAACCCUAUGUUCUUGCCACUCUUGGUUAUGAAGAGGGUGUCAUGGCCCCGGGCGUUAAAGAGCUUGGUACUGGAGCAUACCAAUCAGCUCAUAAUAUGAUCAAAGCUCAUGCUGUAGCUUGGCACAGUUACAAUCAACUCUUCCGAAAAAAGCAGGGUGGGCUUGUGUCUAUAGCACUGAAUUCAGACUGGGCUGAACCUUUUGAUCCAAAUUCCCCUGCUGACCAGGAAGCUGCCAAGAGGCACAUGGCAUUUUGCCUUGACUGGUUUGCUACCCCCAUCUUUCUUGAUGGCGAUUACCCAGCCAUAAUGAAAUCUAAGAUCUCUGCUGUGUGUAAAAGGCAAGGCAUUCCAUCAUCAAGGCUCCUUGAAUUUACCGAUGCAGAGAAGAAGAUGAUCAAGGGCACUGCUGACUUCUUUGCUCUAAAUUAUUAUACAUCCCGCAAAAUGAAGCACCAAGAAAAUACAAACACUCAGCCAAGUAUGUCUGCAGACAAAGAAGCAGAAGAAGUAAAGGAUCCUUCUUGGCCAGUUGCAAGUGGCAGUUCUUGGCUGGCUGUUGUCCCAUGGGGCUUACGUCAGCUAUUGAAGUACAUCAAGGAUACAUAUAAUCACCCUAUAAUUUACAUCACAGAGAAUGGGUUUUCCCAAAGUGACCCUGCUCCACUCGAUGACACUCAGCGCUGGGAGUAUUUCAAGCUGACUUUACAGGAGAUUUUAAAAGCAAUUUACAUUGAUGGCGUCCAACUAAAAGGCUACUUUGUGUGGUCCCUUCUGGACAACUUUGAAUGGACCUGUGGUUACCGCUCUCGUUUUGGACUCUUCCACGUCGACUUUGAAAAUCCAGCUCUCCCUCGAGUUCCUUAUAAAUCAGCUAUUGAAUAUGCCAAGGUUGUUGCCAACAAUGGACUGGUUAAAUCACAGAAGUAACAAAUGCCUGGUAACAAUGGGUUACUUAUGAAUUCCUUGAUUUUAAAAAACAAAAUCUGGUUAGUACUAAUAAAAAAUCAGAAUGCUCGCUAUAGUUUACUUGACAGCACCUCUGUUGCAGGAAAAGAAAGCCUCUCAAAAGGCCACCAAGUAAGCUGGAUUCAUAAUUAAUUAUUAUCCCCUGUAUUAAGUGUAGUUAAGUGAUUUCCCUUUUAAAAAUAAAUAGAGAAAUGACUGCA